AUGGUUUAUCUGUGUUCACCACGAAUUAAACAAAAUUACACUUCAAUGUCACAGUCACAAGUCCACACGCUUCUGAGAAAUUAUCAUAAGCCUCUACUUGAUCUGUCCACCAAAAUAAAUUUUUACUUGAGAACAUUCCAUGUUUUUGGCGGGCACUAAGACGAUUGGCUAAAAUCGUUGAGGGGGCGGGCGGAUGAAAUGGGAGACCAAUCACUCUUGAGAGAACUUUUUGGAAUUUGUGUGUGGCGCAGUUCACUUGGUGCAAAAUGAUUUCCCGGCGUCAUGGAAAUGUCUGGGAAGUGGAGGAGGUAUCUCUUCUUCUGAGGGUUGUUCGGAGGAGUGGGCAUGCAUCUCGGUUAAUGGCCAGCACGCAAUCAAGCAACCGCGGCAUCUAUCGAUUUCUUUCAAGAGUGCUACGCAGUCGCGGAUUUCAUCGAACGGCCAACCAGUGUCGAAGCAAAUUCCAAAAACUGAAGUCCGAUUUCAUUUCAUCAAUGGAGGCACUGCAAUGCAUUCCUAGAAGCAGUCGUAGAAUUAGGGUGCACAACGCGAUGAUGCUAAUCUGGAAGGCGGCAGGGAGGCCUCGAUGUCAAGAAAGACCUCAUGAUGAGAUUAUCUGUGAAAGAGCAGUCAAGAUUGAAGAAACUUCAUCUGAGGAUGAUGAGAAUUCAGAAACUGUUGCAGUGGAAUCAUCAAGUGCAGCAGAAUCUGAUGCGCAAGCCUAUGCACCUCUUGGAGUGACAACUGAAGACCCAGCAAAGAUCAAUACAGCAGCAUUUCCUCAAGCUUCAGAGAGAGAAAGAACAGAUGACAGUGGAUCUCAUCGCCUAGAAACUGAAGAAACCGUAAUCGUUAUAUCUUCCGGCAAUAGUCACGAAGAAGCAACUGAUGACAUGACUGCUCCUGAAACCAUAAUGCCCGGAGAUGUAUCUCCACAACUGAGUACCUCAGGUAAUUUUUUGUGUGGUUCACACGUGCCAUCAAGAGCUGCUCUGAAAAUUGUGGGAUUGCAUGAGAUUCUGCAGGAAUGAAUGGCCAUUAUUUUGCC